UAUUUUGUCGGAUUGUCAACAAUUUUGUAUUACGUAUAUUUGUACAUUCUGAAAUGUUUCCUAUUUUGUAAAUGUUAAGGUCCUUAUUAAGUAGAAGCUCAAAAUAUUUUUAAGCACAUUAUAAAACUUGAAAAUAAAGCGUAAUUAAUACAAUACUGAUACGUUAAUCAGUAUUUGAUAAGUGUUAGUUUGUGUAAUUUUCAUCGCUAUACCGUAAACUGAUUAAUUAAUUUGAAAAUCGGGUCAGUGAUCGGGAACCGGUUUUUGGGAGUAGGUAGUAUGGUAGUGUGACCUUGUUGAUUUAUCAUUAUCAUUCGUAUCAGAAUUCGAGUGUCAACUUAGUCCGUACGUUUUUGGUGAUAUAACAUCAGUUGUUAUCUGCAUUUAAAAUGGCCACAAGUCCCCUGUUGAAGACUACAAAAUUAGGCAUUUACUCCCGAAAAUGCCUAAAGUCUCUAUCACAAUGCCGCACCUUCACAACCCAGUUGACAGAACAGCAGAAAACUAUUCAGGAGAUGGCCAGGAACUUCGCUGAUGAGCACCUGAAGCCUAAUGCGGCUCAUCAUGAUACUGAGGCCCUGUUUCCUUUUGAACCUAUCAAAAAGCUGGCGUCCAUGGGUCUAUUGGGAGCCUGCGCGAGCCCUGACUACGGCGGCCUAGGCCUAGACUACCUGUCCCUAGCUCUAGCAGUCGAGGAGCUCUCCCGGGGCUGCGCCAGUGUCGGCAUGAUCGUCUCAAUACAUAACUUCCUGUAUGUCAACUUGGUUAAUGAGAAGGGGACGCCGGAACAGAAAGAGAUAUUCUUGAGGGAUUUCACGAAGGGUGCUCUUGGAUCUUUCGCUUUGAGUGAACCAGGCGCAGGCACAGACGUCGCAGGCAUUCAGACCAAGGCUGAACUCAAUGGUGAUAACUAUAUCCUGAAUGGCAAGAAGACCUGGGUCACCAACGCUAUCGAGGGCAAAGCCCUGGCCACGUUCGCUACUAUCGACCCAGCACUUAGGCAUAAGGGGCUCGCUUGUUUCCUAAUCCCCAUUGAGACUGAAGGUAUCUUCAGAGGCCAGAAGGAACGCAUCAUGAGUGUUAGCAUGUCCGACAGGGCGGCGACUGCCUGCCCAGUCACCUUGGAAGAUGUCUGCAUCCCGCGGUCCUACGUCGUGGGUGAACCAGGGGAGGGGUUCCGCAUAGCCAUGGAGCAGCUCGACCAGGCGCGCAUCGGCAUCGCGGCGCACGCUGUCGGUAUCGCACAGUCAGCCUUGGACACUGCAAUUUCUUACGCGAAGAAAAGGAUCGCUUUUGGCAAACCCCUGUCCAGAUUAGCUUCCGUCAAGGACCGUCUAACAGAAAUGUGCAUGCUAGUAGAAACAGCCCGACUGGCCACCUACCGUGCCGCCGUAGAGGUCAGCACUAAAAACAGCGCGAUGGCCAAGUAUCUAGCUGGACGCAACGCUACGGCCGUCGCUGAUCACUGCGUGCAAAUCCUCGGCGGACGAGGCCUGUCCGUCAAUUAUGAUGCUGAGAGACAUUAUAGGGACGCCCGAGGUACGCAGAUCUACGGCGGCGUAACAGACAUACAGAAGAGGCUGGUAGGACAUUACUUGCUGAAGGAACACGACGCGCUCUGAAGCGAAACCGGUAAACUUGUUCUAGUCUACUCUAGUUAUACAUAGGGGAAUAUUAUCGAAAUAUUU